AUGGUUAACAAUGGAUGCCUAAGUUCUUCGUUAUCGGUACAAAAAGAUAUUAGAUGCUCGAGCUUAAAAUAUUCGGAAAAGAAUCCAGUGGGAGGCACAGGAUGUUCACUGGAAAGCUCCUUCACAUCAUCUGAGAGCUCAGGGCAAAAGGAAGAGAAGAAAUCCAAGCACGAGAGUGGAGGAGAUGCCAAUUCGGUUGUACUGUCACUAACGGAUAUGGAUCCAAGGCCAAAGGAAAAGGGUGUACCAAGCAAGCAAAUAAGCGGAAGGAAGAGAAAUGAGAGCACCAUUUCUGAUGGUGAUUGGGCAGAACAACCAUCUGGUAAACACACACACAAAACUGGUGACCAAUUGACAAGGUUUGGAUUAAUGGAGACCUUUGAUCUGAACAUCCAAUAUCUGACCGACUUUGAUUCAGGUCCAAAAGCAAUAAACUUGAACUGA